AUGAAGGCACUGAUCCUCGUCUGUUGCGUCGCCGUCAUCGAAGUGCACGCGGAAAAUGACGGAUGGGUUUGGAAAGACGGCCAGCAGCACGGUGAAAAGAGGAACGACGACAGAAGGUACCUGAUACACGAGAACCUAGAAGAUUUGGAGGAGAGACCUUUGAUAGGAUUUAGACCACAAAAUGGCGGACCUUACGGUCCUAAUAGUAGACCCAUUGUGCCAGCAUCGUAUCCUGGCAACAAUGGAGUUCUUGUCGGUCCUGGCGGGCCAACUGGCAUUGUAAAAAGACCUCCUUAUUACGGGGGAGUAGACGACGGAUCGUUGGAAGCCGGUUACGUGCCGCCUUGGAUCAAAAAUGAUCCCCGAUAUCGAGAUCUGGACGUGUGUCGGUGCAGAUACAGCUUCAACUGUCCGUCCAACGGACUAAAAUUCGGAAGCUGCUCAAAGGAUAAGAAGUAUUGCUGCUUUAGCAGUAGGAAGUACCCGACUUUGGUCAGUGGUCCCUCCGGCGGAGGACAUUUUCCGCAGCAGGGCUAUCCCAAUAAAUACGGGCCAUCGGGCUUCGUGCAAUCGCCGAAUUACUACGGAAACCGAAGACCGCCGGGAAAUUUGAACGCUGGAAACAGAUACCCCCCUGGGAACUACCAUUAUCCUGGAGAGAGCUACAACCACUACCCGAGACCCCAAGGAAAUCCUUACGGGCAAAGCCACGACUACGACGACUACGACUUGUACAGUCGAUCUUUGAAGAAAAAUGAAACGGAAGCCGCUGCGAACUCCGGCGAGGAGGCUUGAACGUCUUACAGUCUCCUUCCACGAGUUCGCAUCCGGCUUCAUAAAAGUGACUGACAUUUUUUAUCUAUUUUGUAUAGUGUAAAGAAAAUACCAAAGAACGACGUGUAUUUUCCAGUAUUGGUUAUACGAAUCGAAAUUA